AUGGCUUCCAAACCUGUUAUCCUCGUUACUGGCGGCAACCAGGGCCUCGGCCAUGAAACACUCAGAAUCCUCGCCCGAACCAACAAAUACCACCUGGUCGUCGCCGCCCGCUCUUACUCAAAGGCCGAUGUGGCUGUCAAGGCCAUUGCUUCUGAGACGGGCAAUUUUUCAGACUUAACGCCGGUUGUUAUUGAUCUGGAUAGUGAUGACACCAUAUUUAAUGCUGCUAAAAUUGUUGAGGAGAAAUUUGGCCACCUUGAUGUCCUAGUCAACAAUGCUGGCAUCAACCGCUCACCAAAACCUAAUGCCACUCUCCUUGAGGACUUUCGCGCUGUUUUCGAGACCAAUGUUUUUGGUGUGGCUGUUAUGAAUAACACCUUUCUCCCACUGAUCCGUAACUCAACUUAUCCUCAGCGCCGUAUUGUGACAGUUACCAGUGGCCUGGGGAUGUUUGGUGUUGCCCUGACAGAAAGCUCUCCCUACAAUGCCUGGAACUAUAAAUUUCCUGUCUAUCGCAGCAGCAAAACAGCUGUCAAUAUGAUCUCCGCUAUCGACAUGAUUGCGCUCCGGGAGGAAUAUAUUGCAACUGUUCUAGUCGAGCCUGGACACUGCCGGACGGCCUUUGGAGGGUUCCAAGGUCACAAGGAUGCUGACGAGGGUGGGAAGGUCAUUGCCCGUGCUGCUGUUGAGGGGGAUAACAAAGAUUUAUUCCUGAAGAUUCUCGAUGAUGAGGGCAAACAUGCCCAGUUUGGCUGGUAA